AAUCCCACUCUCCCCCUUCAUCUCAUCCUAUCAAUGUCCUCUCUCUCUCUCUCUCUCUCUCUCUCUCUCUCUCUGAACCUCCAUUGACAUGCCCCUUGGAACAUCCACAAUCAACAAUGAAAGUAGUAGUAAUUCAUUCGAAUCCUUCUUCGAAUCAUGGCUCGUUCACCAAGAACACUACCUCGAUGAGCUCCUCCACCACUCCAAUUCCUCCUCCGAUUCCGACCUCAUCGACUUAGUCUCCCGAGUCCUCUCUCACUACCAACAAUACUUCGAUCACAAAUCAAUCGCCGCUCGCAACAAUGUCUUCCUCGUCUUCUCUCCCCCCUGGUUUACUCCAUUCGAGCGCACCUUUCUCUGGAUCGCCGGAUUCAAACCGGGACUCGCAUUCCGGAUUGUCGCGAAUUCCGCCGGCGAAUUGACGGCGGAUCAGAGGCGGAGGAUGGAGGAAUUGGUGAGGGAGACGAAGGCGGCCGAGAGGGAGGUGGCGGAGGAGUUGGCUAGGGUUCAGGAGAGCGUGGCGGCGCCGCCGAUUUUGGAGGUGGCGAGGAGGGAGGGGAGAAAGGAUGGGGAGGUGAGAGAGGCGGAGGUGGUGGAGGGGUUGAGGAGGGAGAUGGAAGCGGUGUUAGGGAAGGCGGAUUUGCUGCGGCGGAAGACGGCGGAGAAGGUGGUGGAGAUAUUGAGUCCGGUGCAGGGGGUUACGUUUUUGGCGGCGGCUACUCAGCUGCAACUCAGGAUUCGGAUGCUGGGUUUGCAGAAAGAGGCUGAGAUCAGGACUGCUAGUAGUGGUUGGUAGAUUGUUUUUUUUUAAUUUUUUGGGUUCAAAUGUGUGUGUGUGUGUGUGUGUGUUUAUUUAUAAAAUAAAAUGUUUUGCCCCCCACCCAAAAUAAAAUAAAAUAAAUAAAUGAAGUUCAAGCCAAUUUUUUAUUUUUUAUAUUUAUAUUUAAAUUUUGAAUUAAUAUUCAGGUUCUAAAGAAUUGACAAAUAAUUUUAAUUAAAAAAUUGCAAAAAAAUCUGAAGGAGAUAAAAUGUAUUGCAUCA